AACACUUUCUAUAAAGAUGUCUUAAUAUUUUAAGAUUAGAGUUUUUAUUUUUGUAAAUUUUAGAUUAGUGUAGUAUGAGUGUUAAAAUGAGAUCUAAAAUAGAUUUCGACGAAUGCCUGAGGGAUUCUCCAAAAUUUAGAAUUCGAUUAGAGGAGGAGGAAACUAAUAUUGAUCAUUUGGAACAAAAGAUAGAGAAAGUCUUAAAAAAUUGUGGACAGAUGGUAGAUUUUGGAAAACAAUAUGUUGCACAACAAAGCUUGUUCGCAAAUUCACUUUUUGAAUUAUCUCAACACUUUAAGGAGCAACCGUCAACUGUGUCAUCAUUAAAUAAAUUGACUCAUGCUUUACAGGAAAUGAAUAAAUUCCAUACCAUAUUACUGGACCAAGCUAGUAGAACAGUAUUGAAAAAUUUGACAUCUUUUAUUAAAAGUGAUAUUAAGUCUGUUAAGGAUAGCAAGCAUCACUUUGAGAAGGUUUCAACGGAACUUGAUUCUGCGUUACUUCGAAAUUCACAAGUAUCAAAAAAUAAACCACUUGAAGCAGAUGAGGCCUUAAAUUUUUUAUCUGCACAGAGAAAAUGUUUUAGACAUUCCGCAUUAGAUUAUGUACAUAGUUUAACUAUGCUGCAAGCAAGGAAGGGUCAUGAAAUCUUAGCUACACUAUUAUCCUUUAUGCAUGCCUGCUGUACAUACUAUCAUCAAGGAUCUGAUUUAUGUCAAGACCUUGAUCCAUUCUUCAAAACUUUAGCGGAAGAUAUCGGUGCUAUGCGUACAGAAACUUCUAAACUUGAAAAGAAAAUGGAGGAGCGACAUAAUGUCGUAACCAAUUUAGAUACAGUUCAAUCUAAAAAGGAUAGUGAAUUUGUUAUGGAAGGCUAUUUAUUUAAAAGAACCUCAAAUGCUUUCAAAACGUGGAAUAGGAGGUGGUUUUAUUUGUGUGAUAACCAAUUAGUGUAUAGGAAAAGAACUGGUGAAGAAACUGGCACUGUGAUGGAAGAUGAUCUUAGACUAUGUUCAAUUAAGCCUGUUAUAGAAGGGGAAAGACGUUUUUGUUUUGAAGUUUUAUCACCCACAAAAAGUCACAUGCUGCAAGCCGAUUCGGAGGAGUCUUUAAAUGCAUGGAUUUCAGCAUUGCAGCAAGCGAUCGGGGCGGCUUUGCAAAGAAAUCAUUCCCAUUUACAAAUUAGUAAUAACGCUGGCGUUAAUAUGAACAAUUUGAACCAAAAUAGUGCUUUCAGCAGUAUAAGUGGAAAUAUAAUUAGUGGAAACAGUGAUAGAUCUGAUAGCCCACAUAAACGUUCAAGAAUGUGGGAGCAAUUAUUAACUAUUCCUGGUAAUAACUCUUGUUGCGACUGUGGUAAUCCUGAUCCAAAAUGGGCCAGCAUCAACUUGGGAAUUACUUUAUGUAUUGCAUGUUCAGGUGUACAUAGAAGUCUAGGUGUACAUUACAGCAAAGUGAGAUCAUUAACUUUGGAUGAUUGGGAACCCGAAAUCGUCAAAGUUAUGGCUGAACUUGGAAAUAAUAUAGUUAAUAGGAUAUAUGAAGCAAAUGUUUCGGAUAUUACAAAAGCUACACCAAAUUGCCAAGGAAAUAUAAGAGAAGCUUGGAUAAAAGCAAAAUACGUUGAGAGGCGUUUUGUUAAUUUAUUACCUAGUUGUAACAAUUUGACAUCGAAUGAAAUGAAAGACAAUCCUGACAAUUCUAUGGCGAAUGACAAUAAGAAAAGUCAAAUUACAGAAGUAGGUGUUAGAAAAUGGAGUGUUAGGAGGUUGAGAAGAAGGCCUCGCAGCAAAGAAAACGUUUUACAAGCAAAACCUAACAAUAAAGUAUUAUCAGCUUUGACGGAAGCUGCAACUGAUGAAAGCUCGGACGACAAUGAAACAAUAAAACAAACAGCUUUAUUAGCGGAUCCCGAGAUGUUACUUAUAGGAGACGACGUACCAGAAUUAAAAACUCCGCUAGAAUUGAGUAGUGAUCAAGAUUCUACUGGCGGAGAAAGUGACGGCAUAGCAGAAGAAGAUGAUAUAAGCAAUUUAAAUCCAAAUAUGUUAUUGUUUCGAGCGGCUGGUGCUCACAACCUUCCUGUUAUGUGCAGUGCAUUAGCUCUAGGUGCUGAAAAGACUUGGGCAAAUGAAGAAUGUGAUAAUAGUACGCCUUUACAUCAAGCAGUACUCUCGGGUUCCGUGAUGGCUUGCGAAUUUCUUUUCUUGAAUGGCGCCCGAUUAAAUCAGGCGGAUGCAGCUGGUUCCACUCCACUUCAUUUGGCCACCAGAUUAGGGCAUACCGCUCAAGUGUGUCUGCUGCUAAAACAUCGAGCUAAACAUGAUCUUAAAGAUACGGAAGGACGGGAGCCGAUCGAUAUUGCUGUCAACCAGGCUAAUGCUGAUAUAGUUACUCUAUUACGAUUAGCUCGUUUGAACGAAGAAAUAAGAGCCACUGAGCAUGCACCAGGAGAUGAUACAUUCAAUGAUGUAGUUAGAGAUUUUACUCAAAUGGCUUGGAAUCAUCCCGAACGACUGCAAAGAGCUAGAGCUAAUCAGGAUUGACUGUGAGUAAACCUUAUUGAUCUGCAAAGGAUACCAAAUGGUUGCAAAAAUGAUCAUUCAGAAAACACUAAUCUACGUGAUAAAGACAUUGAAGAUUCACGUUUAAUGAAAGGUUAGUUUUGUAUGUUAUUUUCAAUAUUUGAUAGAGUUUUUAUAUUUAAAAAAUAUAUACUUUAUUUUAUUAUGUAUAAAUAGCAUCGUAUAUUUGCAUAUUAAGAAUGAAA